AAACAAGAAUUGUCAUUUCAUGACCAAAAGCAAUCUAAAGCUCUCUGCCUCCCACACUGUCUCUAAAUAUCUCCUAGUCUUUUCUAUACGCUGUAACAAGAGCCCUUGGGAUUGACACGCUCUCACUAGAUCUUCUGUGCAUAGAUCCCCUUUCACUCAAAUAUUGUAUCAAACUCUUUCCUCUCCUCUUCACAGACCACAACUAUCAUUCUCUAAAAAUGCCUCUUCUUUUACUUGCCUCGCUCCUCUUGCUUGCAAUGGCUGCUCACUCCAACGGAGCUAGUUAUUGUCUAUGCAAAGAUGGGUUGAGUGACUCAGUUUUGCAGAAGAAUAUAAAUUAUGCUUGUGGAGCUGGAGCUGAUUGCUCUGCAAUUAACCAAGGGGGUUCUUGUUUUAACCCAAACACUGUAAAAGAUCACUGUAAUUAUGCUGUCAAUAGCUAUUUCCAGAAGAAGGGUGAAGCUUCUGGAAGCUGUGAUUUUGCAGGCACUGCAGCUCCCAGUCCAACUCCACCUGCAAUCACCAAUGGAUGUGUUUAUCCUUCAAGUGGCAGUGGAGGAACCCCAACCACACCAGGCACUGGCACUCCUAGUACUGGCACACCAGGCACCGGCACGCCUAGUACGGGCACACCAGGCACCGGCACACCGAGUACCAGCACACCAGGCAUGGGGACCCCGAGCACUGGCACACCAGGGACCGGCACCCCGAGCACGGGAAUGCCCGGAACUGGCACUCCAGGAACGGGAAUCCCCAGCACCAGCACACCACCAGGCACAGGAACUAGUCCAUUCCUGGGACUUGGUCCAACAGGAGGCAUCAGCAACACUAAUCCAGACAGCAGCGGAACGCCAAGCCUUCAUCAAGGCACGAACAUGUUUUGCUCUAUAGCACUAGCACUCUUGUGUUCAAGCUUCUUCUAUUUUGGAGCUCUGAAACAAGAAUGAGGAAAUUAAUUUAGCUUCACCUAUAUGGCAUUAGAGCGGAACUUGUUUGUUCAAGAAGAGGUAUCUUCUUCAGUAUUAACACGCGGCGUGCCCAUUCUUAUUUGUUCCUCUAUUACAUGGAUGGGAAUUGGAUCCCCAGUAGCUAUCUAUUAUUUGACUUGAGAAUCUGAUCUCUUUCUUUCAGAUUCAUUCUAUUUGUACAUCUAAUGAGAGCUGGUAGUAUAAUCAAUAUUAACAAUCUUUCUUCCUGCUGU